AGAACUUGCCUUCUUUUUACGACCUUUUAUUUCAAAAAAAUUAUAUUAAAAUUAAUUUUGUAUAUAUCUUUCUGUGCGAAUGCAUGCUGAAAGUUUGGAAUCUCUGCUUACUUUCACAUAUCAAAUACAGGUCAAUAUCAAUACACUUCAAGGCUCAAGCUGUUAUCAACUGUCUACAGUUCCAUGUUAUAUAUAAUCUUUGGAUUUUCCUCUCUAUUUCCCUUAUGGGAUGUCAUAACUGGACCCUUUUGCUUAUCUUUUUGAUUAAGUUUUGGUCUUUAUUUGGUCCUGGAUUCUUGAUAUUUCUAUGAGAAUUUCAUUCUUGAUUUCUACAUUUCAAUUUUGCCAUUACAAGUUUACAUCUACCUUUUUAGAUUUUUUGGGAUUUCAAUUCUUUGGAUUCAUUCAAUUCUUUUGCAUAAACAAGUAAAGAAAAAAGCAAAAAACCAAGAGCAUUCAUUAGUGUUGUGGAUAAUUAGAACUUUUCUGGACCCUUUGGCCAAAUUUUGUGAACAGUCAUAGAGGUGUAGAUUAAGAGAGAAGUGUUUGUGAUAUAAUGAGUUUUCUAACAGGAGCUCCCAAAAAUUCAUGGCAACCAGCUAUGACUGUGGAUACAACAACAUCAGAUUACUGGUUCAACUGGAGGGUUACGUUGUGCUCCAUUUGGAUUUUUGCUUCUAUAGUUUUUGCAUCCAUUCUCAUAACAAAGUACGAAGGUCCUCGCGGUUCUAGAAAUAGGAGCAGAGAAGAGGAGAAAGACUCCCCUGGCCUUUUGUAUGAAGAUGAAGUUUGGAAGCCAUGUCUCAAAACUAUACAUCCUGGUUGGCUUCUUGGAUAUAGAAUCGUCGCCUUUUUAAUUCUCUUGUUAUUGCUAAUCCUAAAUGUUGCUGUUGAUGGAGGGGAACUCUUUUACUACUAUACACAGUGGACAUUCACAUUGAUUACAAUCUAUUUUGGGCUUGGAUCAGUGCUCUCAAUGUAUGGAUGUUACCAAUAUCACAAUACAGUUGGUGACGAUGGAACUGAUAAUGAGAGGAUAGACGCUGAGUAUGGUUUGCAAAGAUUGUCUAUGAAUGUGGAAAGUAGCGGCAGUGAAAAUGCUGCAAAACAGGUGGGGGUAAAUGCAGAACAGAGUUAUCGCCAAAUUGCUGAUAUCUGGGGAUACGUUUUUCAGAUUAUUUUCCAGAUGAAUGCAGGAGCGAUAACGCUUACUGACUGCGUCUUCUGGUUCAUACUUGUUCCAUUUCUGACCAUCAGAGGUUAUAAUUUGAAUUUUUGGAUAAUAAACAUGCAUUCAAUCAACGUAGUGUUUCUACUUGGUGAUACAGCUCUCAACAGUUUACGUUUCCCUUGGUUUCGAAUUGGAUAUUUCUUUCUGUGGACAGCAGUUUAUGUUGCUUUUCAAUGGGCAGUCCAUGCCUGCAUCUCAAUUUGGUGGCCUUAUCCAUUUCUUGAUCUGUCAUCUUCUUUUUCUCCUUUGUGGUAUUCAUCCGUGGCGGUGAUGCACAUACCGUGCUACGGAGUAUUUGUUUUGGUUAUGAAACUGAAACACCAUUUGUUAAAGAAAUGGUUUCCCCACUCUUAUCAGUGUGCAGGAUGAUACUCGAGGGAAAAUGAGAAAAGAUUAUACCACAUAAUAACACAGAAGGCAAUUUGAGUUCCUUUUUUGAACAACACGACUCUUUGCCUCUUUGGUCCUUGUUUCCCCAGAAAAGGAAAAGGGUAACAACAAAAGGAAAACAAAAGAUUAUGUAGCGAAACAGCAGUAAAUCUUGAGAGGUUACAGAGAAAAAAAUAGAGUUUUGGAUUUGCAAGAUAUACAUGUACCUUAAAUAUGCAAAAUAGAUAUUUAUAGUUCAUAUAACUUAUUGGUUCCAAUAUAUAUGCAGUAAUGCCACAUGUUUACACA